CUGUGACUCACGUAAUACUUUCCUAGCUUCUCGUUUCUUGGUUUCCUGUCAACAUUGGAUGGAUGCGGAUAUGUGGAAACAGUAAUAUUUUUAAGCUAUCAUGGAAGACAAUGCGUUGAAGGAAAUAUCAUAUCUUACGCACCUGUUAGAACAGCACAAGAAAUAUCAUGUAACUGUAAGGGAGCAGGUACCAAACGUAGAAGCAAAUUCUUCAAAGGCUUUUAAUUUUCCAUGUUCCACUAAUCAGUUGCCUUUAAAAUCAAUAUCGCAAGGGACAAAUCAGUAUAGCUAUGUGAAAUUCCAAACAACUUCGACGAAAGUUCAUGUUAAUCCUAAUUUUAAUCCUGUGAACACUACUAUCCAUAUUAACCCAAAACUCCGGGGGAAAACUUCUAUUUAUGUGAAUCCAAAAGUAAUAAAAAAUAUAGCAGCAAAGCAACAGAUUGAAAGUAGUAAAGAAUCAAAACAAGAUUCUAAUCCAAAUAUAGUAGAGACUAAAUAUGAGAGAUCUGUACAUGUCAAUCCUAAAUUAAUGCAAAAACUGUCAAGCACUGUUCCAACUGAAAGUAAAUCUCACAAUGAAAAAGUAAUUAAACCCGCGAGUCAGUAUGCAGUUUGCUCAAAAUCCAAAUUGAUCAAAAGCAUUGUUGUGUCCCCUGUAACAUCCAGAAGAUCCUUGGGCUCAAGUUUAGUGUCAGUGUCCAAACGAAAGCUUAUAAGAAUGAAAUCUAAUGUUAAAGGAUCUUCUGGUAUGGCUUUGAAUUCUAAACACAAAAGAAUUGUAAAUUCUGGAAUUAGAAAAACCAAAGUUGCCACCAAGUACAAACUUGUUAUGGAUAUUGAAAAAAAAUUUGCUAGCACUACCACUGUAACAAAACCAAUCGGAACUACUAGUAAAAUUCAACCAAACAAAUACAAGAUAGACAGAACAGCAACUCAAGGAAUAGAAGAAAGUAAAAUUGUUAAAGUUCCUUCUUUAAGGAAAUUAGAGGGAUGCACAACUGCAUUAUUAAGAAUUGGGGGAGUUUUAUAUAAAUCUUCCAGGAAUCAAUUAAUUCGAAGCAACAUACAUACACCAUCAUCAAAAAAGAAACGCUACGUUAUAAAUGUACAAGGAGACAAAUUCUUAAUGGCUUCAGAUGGUAAAAAACUUUGUAGACUAAGCUCUAUAGGAGAAUCAUCCUCUGUUAUAAACAAGUCACGCAUCAGCAUUGGUGGAAUAACUUAUGUGGAAAAAACACCAAAUGUGCUAGUUCGUGCUACAUCUAAAACUAUUAUCAGCAACAAAGUGAAACAAAGAAGUAUCCAGAUUUUGAGGAACAAGAUGCGCAAGAACAAUCAACCCUGUCUAUUCUUCCAGAGAUUUGGUUACUGUGCAAAUCAGGUGAAGAGUACCUGUCACAAGUUGCACGAUAAGAAACAAGUUGCUCUCUGCAAAAAAAUAUUUUCAGCUUCUUGCAAGGGAAAUGUCUACUGGACGAUUGUCGAAUGUCCCAUGAUGUUGGGCCCGAAAAAAUGCCAACGUGUAAAUACUUUUUGGAAGGUUGUUGUAUUCGCGACCCGUGUCCUUAUCUCCAUGUUAAAGUCUCUGCUAGCACUCCGAUCUGCACUCAAUUUUUACGUGGCUAUUGUGCAGAGGCAAACAAGUGCAAAAAACGUCAUGUCUAUCUGUGUCCGGAAUUCGAGAGGACGGGAACUUGCGGCAAAGGUAAGUAUUGCCCUUAUCCUCACAAAAAAAAUGUUUCGACUUCGAAAAGGCCGCGGAAACUCCCUGAUCGGAAACAUAAAGCGAUAAGUUCGGAUAUUGCCAGUACUGUUCCAUCACACACUAAGUCUAGAAAGCGAUAUUACGAUGAGUCGGGUAACACAAGCAUUGAUAUAGAAAAAAUGCGGGAAAGUGUUUUGAAAAAACUAAAAAUAAUGAAAAGUACAAAAAUUGUACAAGCUAAAAAGGGAAAGGAUUCUGGUGAGCAGAAUGAUGCGAGUUCUCGAACUUCAGAGGAUAAAUCUGAUUCUGAGUACGAACGGCCCCAGAGAGCUCCGUUGGGUCCGUUGCCCGCCUACAUACCAAUUAAUUAAUUUAUUAAGUAUUUCAUUUACCCAUAUACAAAAUGAAAACUGUCUGGGAAUGAAGAUUAGUUAUGAAAGGAAUUGUAUAAAUUUUAAAUAUUAUAUCAAAUUUAAUUUAGAAAGAUUUUAAUUCUUUACAUAUUUAACUUAAAUUCAUCCGCUGAAAGUUACUUAAAUUCUUUUCCCAGACAGCCUAGCAUUGCCUGUGAUAUUUUUAAUUAACUCAUCAAUCGUAAUUCUACAUACGUAUGUAUAUACAAAUUCUAUGACAGAUUAAGAUACACAAUAUAUUUUGUAACUACGAAUUUGUAUAUAAAUUGUAUCUGUGUAUUAAAUAAAUUCGUUAUAGUUGGUAAUAAA